GAUAGGUAUUAGUCAGAGCGGCGCGCCACCUCUUGGACGAUGUGUGAGCAGACAGAAGCCGUGCUGCGGGCCUACCUCCACCGAACUCUGGGCGUACAAGAGGAUGGCUGGGGCAUACGCCCCUCUGGCGUCAGUGGUCGUGGGGUCUUCGCCACCAGAUCUCUUGCUCCCGGCGAUCUUAUCUUCCAUGACCGCCCUGUGGUGUGGGGGCCCCGAGCCAAGUCGGACAAGCCGAUGUGUGCCGCCUGCCAUCGCCUGGGCCGGGUGUCCCAAUGUGACGCGGGCUGCUACCUGCCCAUCUGCUCGCCGGAGUGUGCUGCCUCCUCGCUGCACGCCCAGGAGUGCCGGAUGGUACGGGAGUCCAUGAGCCUGCCGGAUGGAGGGUGGCGGCUCGACCUGCUCGGUACCGUGACCCCUCUCCGCUGCCUCUUCCUGAACCCUGGAGACCGUGAGGUGGUCCAGUGUCUGCAAGGGAAUCAAGGCAAGAUCCAUGGUAUAGAGGUUGAUUUGUUGAAACAACACAUGAAAGAGAACCUGAGUAAGGAAGAUGAAGAUUGGAUGAGGCUCUGCUGCCUGGUGAUGGACACCAACGCCUUCGAGUUCCUCAAGGUGUUCAGCGAUGGUGGCCAGACAAGCCUGAGAGGCCUGUAUCCCCUGGCCGCUGUCAUGAAUCAUGAGUGUAGCCCAAACUCGUGCCACGUGUAUAACGCUGACGGUGUCAUGAAGGUAUUUGCCAGCCGGCCAAUAGCAGCUGGGGAAGAAGUCACCACCUCCUACAGCUCUCUCUUGUGGAGCACACCCAUCAGGAGACUCAACCUGGCGAGAACAAAACACUUCUUGUGUCGCUGUAUCCGUUGUUCCGAUCCCACGGAGUUUGGCUCGAUGCUGUCCUGCCUCCCAUGUACGGACCCUAGUUGUCGAGGGUUGCUACUACCCUACCAUCCCCUGACAGCCCAGUCCACCUGGUACUGUGACUGUUGUCAGGCGGAGGUGUCACCCAAGCAGGCGGCCCAGCUUCAGGCGACACAAGGCAUGGUGCUGCAGACACUGAGUGUGGCUCAGCCACCUGCUGUGGCACAGUGGCUCGCAGGUCAGCACAUGCCUGCCCAGGGUCAGGUGGUAGUGCAGCUCAAGACUAGACUGGUCUGGCAGCUGGGUCAUGACGCUGGCUUCACCUGGCAAGAACUGUCUCAAGAAAUGCUGGACUUGAAAGAAACGUGUUGCAGAGAUGUUCUUCUAGUUCUGGAUACAUUAAGAUUUGGCCACUGCCGCAUGAAAGGACUCAUCCUAUUGGAGUUACAUGGCAGUUUAUGUGAAAAACAGAAAAGGAAGCACCUAGGUGGAGUUUCUGACCAAAUAAUAAUGGAGGAAGCACGUGCAAUACUUGCCACUGCCAGAGUGAUUCUGCAAGACGAUGCUGCAGCACAAACUGAACUUAACCUCCAAACUGAAGAACACCACCGAAUUGAAGCACUGUCAACAUAGUUGAUUAUAUUACAAAUUUUCAUACAGCAUUCCCAGAAUUUACAAGUAGGGACCAUUAGUUGAUUCCUUUUUUUAGAACUAAGAACUUAUUCUCUUUUAAUUUUAAAUUUUGCCUCAAGGCAAAUUUUUUGCCUCAAAUUUUUAUUUGGUAACUGUUAUGUACAAUGAUAAAAAUUACCUGUGCAUUCAAAGUAGUUCCUAUGCUUCAUCAGUGUGUUUGUCUAGACAUUUAAGUUCAAUUUAUAGUUUUUAAGUAAUCAACUAAGCAUUACAUCCACUACGAACAGAAUAUAAAUUCAUUCAUUACCACAAAAAUGAUUGGGCUUUAUAAUAUUUGUAUAAUGUAAAAAUGUAUCAAUAUUUAGAAACUUAACUCUGUGCAUUGCAUUUGUAAAACAUCUGUAUAAUAAAAUUGUGAUAAACUAUUUAUUUACAAAACCUU